CAACCAUAAAAUAUCUUCUUGUCCCACCUCCUUCUCUUUAGUCACAACACACCAGAUUCUCCAGUAGAACCAUGGGUUCACACAUACUAGUGUUCCCAUUUCCUGCUCAAGGUCAUAUGCUCCCUCUCCUAGACCUAACCCACCACUUAGCCACCAACGGUCUAACCAUAACCAUCUUGGUCACACCCAAAAACCUCCCCAUCUUGAGCCCACUUCUCUCUUCUUCACCCAACAUCCAACCCUUGGUCCUCCCCUUCCCACCCCACCCCACCCUUCCCCCUGGUGUAGAAAAUGUUAAAGAUAUCGGUAACCAUGGAAACCUCCCCAUCGUUAAUUCACUGGCCAGAUUAGAAGAUCCACUCAUCCAGUGGUUUAACGCCCAUCUUAACCCGCCUGUUGCUAUGGUCUCUGACUUCUUCCUCGGCUGGUCCCAACACUUAGCAGACCAGCUGGGGAUCCCCAGGAUUUGUUUCUUCUCAUCCGGUGCGUUCUUAACUUCGGUUCUUGAUUACUGCUGUCGGAAUAUCUCGUUGGUUCGAUCACAGGACAUGACAGUUUUUCAUGAAUUGCCGAAUUCGCCUAGUUUUGCAUGGGAACAUCUUCCCACAUUGAUUCGGGCCGGUAAGGAAUCCGACCCGGAAUGGAAGUCGGUUGUCGAUGGUCAUAUCGCGAAUGAGUCGAGUUGGGGAUGGGUUGUGAAUACCUUUGAUGCAUUGGAGGGGGAGUACAUGGAGUUUUUGAAGAAGUUUUUGGGUCACGGGCGGGUUUUUGGAGUCGGGCCGGUUAAUUUGCUUGGCGGGUCGGAUCCUAUGACACGUGGACAGUCAGUUUCGGGUUCGGAUUUUGAUGUGGUUGGAUGGCUUGAUGGGAAAGGUGAUGGGAGUGUGGUGUAUGUGUGUUUUGGGAGUCAAAAGUUUCUUACAAGUGACCAAUUGGAGGCUUUGGUAAUUGGGCUUGAAGAUAGUGGGGUUUGUUAUGUUCUGGUGGUGAAACCGGAACAAGGUGGUUUGGUUCGGGCCGGGUCGGGUAGAGGAGUUGUGAUAAAGGGUUGGGCUCCACAAGUGGCGAUACUGAGUCAUCGGGCUGUGGGUGGGUUUGUGAGUCAUUGUGGGUGGAACUCGGUUUUGGAAGCGAUUUUAGCUGGAGUGAUGAUACUGGCCUGGCCUAUGGAGGCGGACCAGUAUGUUAAUGCUAGGUUGUUGGUUGAGGACCAUGGCGUAGCUGUGCGGGUUUGUGAAGGCCCGAAUACUGUGCCUGACUCGGCCCAGUUGGCUCACAUGAUUGCGGAGUCAAUGAGUGGGGAAAAGGUUGAGAAGUUAAAAGCAAAAGAAAUGAAAAACAAGGCGAUUGAAGCAGUAAAAGAAGGUGGAAGUUCAUCACUGGAUUUGGAGAGGCUGGUUAAGGAGUUGUCAAGUUUCAGCCAGAAGUGAAAAGAUAGGAAGUGGCAAAUAAGAAAGUAUAGGGGCCAUAUUGUCAUUUUUAAUAAGUUUAGAAGGUUCAUGUUUCCUGUUGUAAGUUGUUACAUAUCCUCCAAGUUCAGAUGUCUAUUAGUAACUUCAUAAUAUUACUAAUUUAUGAGUUAAUAAAAAA